AUGCAACGAGCACAGUCAGCGGUCGAGAUCUCGAGUCUACUUCAGCAACAACAACAACCUCUUGGCUCUAACCCAAGCAAUAGCCUUUAUCGAGGCGACAGAGACAUGGCUUCCGCCGCCGUCAGUGUCAUUAAGCCCAACGGGCCUCUGCCUACCGCCCAGGCCGCCGAAGCUGCCACCUCCACCGAGCUGCCUCGCCCUUACAAGUGCCCUCUCUGCGACAAGGCCUUCCACCGCCUCGAGCACCAGACCAGACAUAUCCGCACUCACACCGGCGAGAAGCCUCAUGCCUGCCAGUUCCCUGGCUGCUCCAAGAAGUUCUCUCGCUCCGACGAGCUGACCAGGCACUCGAGGAUCCACAACAACCCCAACUCUCGUCGUGGUAACAAGGGCCAGCAGCAACAGCAACAUCACCAGCAGCACCCCGUCCACCAUGGUCUGCCUCACCACAUGCACUCCGAGGGCCUGAUGGCGCCUCCUCCGGCUCCCAAGACCAUUCGUUCUGCGCCUACCUCCACCCUGCACUCGCCCAACGUCUCGCCGCCUCACUCGUUUGCCUCGUUUGCCUCUCCCCACUCUGGUGCUCACUACAACCGCAACGGCGACAUCUCCAUGCUCGCCAAGGCCGCUCACCAGGUCGAGCGCGAGAACACUAGCCACGGCCACUCGGCUCGUCACCACCCUUACUACAGCAACGGUGGCCACCAUCCUCGCGGCAACCCUGCCGGCCUGGGUUCCUACCACAUGUCGAGAACCCACUCGGGUGAGGACCACGGCGACGACCACUACCACGGUGGCUUCCGUCACAUCAAGCGCUCUCGUCCCAACUCGCCCAACUCUACCGCACCCUCUUCUCCCACCUUCUCUCAUGACUCCCUCUCUCCCACUCCUGACCACACGCCCAUUGCCACGCCUGCACACUCGCCCCGCCUGCGUCCCUUCUCCGGCUAUGAGCUGCCUAGCCUGCGCAACCUGUCGCUGCAGCACAACACGCCAGCUCUUGCACCCAUGGAGCCUCACCUGGAGACGCCUGCCUUCCCUCCAAUUCUGCAGCAGGGCAAUACCCAGCGCAGCACCGGCAUGUCUUUGACUGACAUCCUCAGCCGCCCAGACGGCAGCCAGAGAAAACUCCCCGUGCCCCAGCCCCCCAAGGUUGCUGUUCAGGAUCUCCUCUCGGAGCAGGGCUACCACGCCCACAGCGGCCGCAGCUCUGCCACCGGCAGUCUCGCCGGCGGCGACUUGAUGGAUCGCGCCUAG